AAAGCCUUAUAGGAAGUGUCCUGAAAACAUUGGCAUUCACCGACUUCUUACAUUCUGCACCACCCUACAUAAAAGCGACACUCGAAUAAAACCGCGACUUUCUUGGAAAAGGGGAGGGGGCGAAAAUAGGAGAAAGGAGGCGGAAAGAUGACCGAAAGGAGGGGUUCCCGUGGUGCCGAUACUACAGACCGUGGAGAGACAUAGACCGAAAGAACGUUUAUUGCCAGGAGGGGAUAAUGUCAAAACCAAGCGCUGCCGCUACGUAGGUGACCAAAUCAGGAAUAAAAAGGGAGGAGGAUUGUUCCUAAGCGAAAGCAGAGUAAAUGCGUGCCCGAUAAGGGUAAAAGAGCCCAUGCGAAUUAAAAGGAUCGCAACUAUUUAUUAGAGAUAAAAUCUUAAAGGAAAGGUUAGAUGCUGUCCACUCAGAGAAGCCAGCCAAAGGACUUUGCUGAGGUGAAGAUUUUUGAUGAGCUCGGAUAAACCAUGCGGAGUCUCUUUCUUCUAAGUUUUGCGUUCAGUUUUCACAAAGUAUGGAUGGCCCGCUUUUCCCAGGAACCUGCUGACCAGUCGGUGGUUCUGGGCCAAAGGGCAGUUCUGUCCUGCGUGGUGUUCAACUACACGGGCAUUGUGCAGUGGACCAAGGACGGCCUCGCCCUGGGUAUCGGACAUGACCUGCGAGCCUGGCCCAGGUACCGCGUGCUGCGUGGGAUGGAGGUGGGCCAGCACGACCUGGAGAUCUCGGCAGCAGAGCUGUCGGAUGACUCUCUGUACGAGUGCCAGGCCACAGAGGAAGCGCUCCGUUCCCGGCGAGCAAAGCUCACUGUACUGAUCCCCCCAGGAGACCCAGUGAUACAUGGGGGUCCACAGGUGCUGCUGAGGGCCGGCGUGGCCUACAACCUGAGCUGUGUUUCCCGUGGGGCCAAACCACCUGCUCUUAUACACUGGGAGAAGGACGGCAUGUUGCUGGAGGGGGACUUCAAUAUCACGGAGGUGCUGAUGGACAGAAAGAGGACGACCACCCGCAGUUUCCUGCCCAUCCUGCCAGUGGACUCGGACACAGGCCACAACUUUACCUGUGUGACCAGGAACCCAGCUGCACCUGCGGGCAAACGCACGACUGUGUCCCUCAAUGUGCACUACAAACCCACGGUGACACUCUCUGUAGACCCUCGCUCUGUGCUACAAGGAGAGAGAGUGGCAUUUACCUGCCAGGCGAGCGCCAACCCCCCCGUUAUGAGCUACAGGUGGGCAAAGGGUGGCAUUCUCCUGGAGGGCGCCAGGGAGAGCAUUUUUGUGACCACGGCGGACCACUCCCUCUUCACCGAGCCCGUAUCCUGCCAGGUCUUCAAUGCUGUGGGGAGCACCAACGUCAGCGUCCUGGUGGAUGUUCACUUUGGCCCUCUUCUGCUGGUGGAGCCCAGCCCGGUGACGGCGGACGUCGACUCUGACGUCACAUUAAACUGCAAGUGGUCCAGCAACCCCCCUCUUAUCCUUACCUGGACCAAGAAGGGCUCCACUGUGGUACUUGGUAAUAGUAACCAGCUAUUCCUAAGGUCUGUGAGUCAAGAUGAUGCCGGACAGUACAUUUGCAAGGCCAUUGUACCGCAAAUCGGAGUUGGAGAACGGGAGAUCACUCUCACUGUCAAUGGUCCUCCAAUCAUUUCCAGCGAGCCCAUCCAGUAUGCAGUGAGAGGGGAAAGAGGACAGAUAAAGUGCUACAUCGCCAGUACCCCUCCCCCAGAUAAAAUUGUGUGGGCGUGGAAUGAGGACGAGUGGGAGAAGGAAAGGUACAGGGUGGAGCAGACCACCUUACCAGAUGGGGGGGUACUCUCCACUCUCUCCAUCGCUAGCGUCAUGGACUCAGACUUCCACUCUCCUUACAACUGCACGGCCUGGAACAGCUUUGGACCUGGCUCCAUGAUCAUCACCCUGCAGGAGAACGAGAAAGUACCGGUAGGGAUAAUAGCCGGUGGUACUGUGGGAACCUGCAUCCUGGUUCUGCUCUGUCUGCUGGCCCUGGCCCUGUAUCUCUGCCGCCAACACAAAGGCAGUCGCGGAGUGGUGAUUCUGGGGAAGCCGGAUAUCAGAGUGGAAACUAUCAACAAGGAAACUCCCAGUCUAGAGGAAGACUCUUCAGGUUUAUCCACAGCGUCACGCAUGGUCAAGGCUAUGUAUUCAUUUUUGCCAUCAGUCUCCCUCUCUCCCUCUGAUCAGUCUUUUAAGGAUGACAUUGACCUCAAGAAAGAGCUACGCAGUGACACACUUGAUACUUGUGGAGAAUAUGAGCUUAAGGACCCGACAAAUGGGUACUACAAUGUACGAGCCAACCCCCAUGAAGAGCCGCAGGCCUCCUCGUGCUCCAUGAUGUAUCCGGAAUACCGGCCUGCCAACACUGCUAGCGGGGCUGUGGCAGCCAGCGGGGGGGAGAGCGCGGCCGGAGGGGCCACUGGAGGAGCAAGGGCUGGCUGCUAUGACCCUCGACCCCCGUCCAGAUUGUCCCACACAAACUAUGCCCAGUUCAGCACCUUCACAAGGGCAGGCCAGUCUCAGCCAGCUCCAUCCAACCCAGUCCCUCCGAUGGGUGAGUUCUCCAGGGACUGCAACCUCCUGGAGCCCUCCACGCAGCUAUCCUACGAUAGCUACAGCUACCCGGCCCAGUACCCAUACCGCCUGGGCUUCACCCCCCUGGAGGGAGGGCCCUCCUACGAGAUGUACGGGGCACAGGCAGCAGCAGGGCCAGCAGCGGGUCUGGGGACAGAGACUGGAUUCGGGAAGUUUGGCAGCUCCAGCCGGUUCUCCUACACCUCACAACAUUCAGACUAUAAACACAGGCACAACCAGAGGAUGCAGACCCACGUGUGAAGGGAAGCAAGCCAAGGGAAGCUCAUGCUGUACCCCUUCACUUCACUCCUUCACUGGUUCUUUGUGUUGUGCGUCGAUUCCCCAUCUCUAAUUCGUAGGAACCACACUUAGAAAGAAACGAGCAAAAUUUUGUUAAUGAAUUUGGCAUAUAAGAACAAGUGGCACAUAGUUAUUGUUACACACAUAAUUGUCAGUGGGAAUGACAGAUAAUAGCAGAUCAUAAUUAUGAUGGGGAGGUAUGAGAGUACACGUCUUUGUUCUCUUCUAUGUUGGGUUCUUUGUAAGGAGAACACCUGAAAGCUGUUUGGAAAGGUAGCAAUUUUUAAUUCUUAAAAUCACAAGCUGUUUGCAAGAACUAAAUCUGACAGCUGUGUCUAUGCUUUAUAACCGCAAGCUUCUUCUAAAGUCUAAACUGAAUAGCCAUUAUUAGACAGGUACAACCAGCCGCUGCUUGUAUGGGCUGCAUACGACAAAGCCGUCGUGCAGGAAAUAAGUACAGAAAACUAUUAUGAAUUACAAAAGAUUCGUCAGUCUUGGGAUUGAUUUGUGUGAAGGACUAGGGUAUCCUGCCUUUUUUCUCGGUCAGCUCAUCUCUACCCCUCUUCCCCUCUCUCUCUAUCAUGUCUUUACUCCAUUUAUUCAUUUCAACUCUUCCCCAUUUUCUCCUUGACCUUUCUGCUUAUGAGCUUGGAAUAGUUCUGCUACUGGGUUUUGCACACAUGUGCAGAUAGGAGUUAGGCAAUAUAACAAAUAGUUUAAACCGGAGAAAGGGAGGCGGUCUUUGGGAUAGAUAGUAAGGUUUUUUAGGAGGCAAAGAAAGCUAUUUAUCAUACUUUAUCAUUCAUCUUAAUAUAAACACAUGCUCUGUCCCAUAAACAUUUGUGGUGCUUAAGAGGCCAAACACUCAUUAUUUCUAGUCUCUAUUUAUGUGGAGUUGGAGAUCCAGAAUGUGUUUUUUUAACCAAAACUUGUCUGUAAUAUUCUCAUUACUGUUCUGUUCUUUGUUGUUGUUCUCGUUGUUGACACAGUUGCACUCUAUUUUGAAGUCCUUAUUGUUUAGAAAAAUGUGUUCCGAAUGUGUUUAUAAUUUUUCACUUCAGUUGUUUUUCAUAGCCAUGAACUUUAUUGAAUUUUUUCUAAUGUCUUAUGGUAUGUGAUUAUUUUUUCACAGUAUUAUAUAAAUAAAAUCCACAUCUUUCAUAAAAGUUUUUUCCCUGUUAAA